CAGUUGUCCCCCCUUAAGUGUUAAACCUGAUUCAGAGUUGUCCACAGUUGGUAGCCCUAUAUUUGAGUGUAGACCAGGCCUUAGACUGCUGGAAGAGUUUGGUGGGGACAAGUCUGCACCUGUUUGCAUGGAAGGUAAACAUUUUCUUUAAUUUUAAAAACAUAAUAUAAUAUCAGUUUAAACUUCUCCAUUAUUUAUAUAUUCAUGUGCAAACCAUAGAAAGUAUCAUACUGACAUUUAUGGAACAUUAUUUUAAUUCCUAUUCAUUAUUUUUUUUAAUAUGAUUUCUAUGAUGUGAUAAUUUAUACACACAAUUUGGAUACAAAAAACACAUUUUAUAUGAUGUCUAUGGGCAUUAUGCACAUUGCAAAUGACUGAACCAUGGAUGAGACAAUAAUUAAGAAAAUACUAAGUUUGAAUCAGAUGCACAUAGUUUAAAAAUUGAUAAAAUCUGUAUUCAUAUAAUUAUCCCCUUUCUGACAUGAGAAUUAAAAUUUUUAUACUGCUUGAACUAGCGAGAGUGAUUAGUAGAACCUCCUUCUCCAGAUUGCCUAGCUGAUGGAUCCUUAACUGUUCUUGAAACAAGCACAAAAAUUCCAGCUGAUUUGCUUGUAACUGUAGCAGGGGGAGGACUUUCUAGUGUCACAACAGCAGAUUCAGAUGUAUCGAGCACUCAAACCUCACAGUUUGAUCCAGACAUUCAGGAGAGCACCACCACCAUCACCACAAAGUUUACAGCCACGCCUACACCUAUAACUACAGACCACACUACAUCAACCAAGGCAAC